GCUUUUUGUAGGCGAGAGCAGGUGAAUCGGGCGGCAACGCGACCUCCCCCAAUUUUUUCCUUCUUCUUCCCAACCCCUUCGGUUUCCACCCCCCCAAAACCCCCAAUCUCCUCGCCCUCCAUCGCCGAUCGCCGCCGGCGGCGGCGGCGGCGGCGAUGGGACGCCCGAUCAAGAUCGACUGGCCGGAGAUGUUGGCGACCGCACCCUCCCCCCGCCGCCGCGGCGGCCGUGAUGAUGACGACGUGGAGGUCAGCUUCGUCUCGACCUCGCGGCGGGCGGCGAGGACGGAGGAGGAGGAGGCGGAGGUGAUGGUGCGGAAGGGGAACGGGGAGAUGCGGCCGGCGAUCGCUUCCGCCGGACGCCUGCGCCGCCCGUUCGAGCGGAUGCUCCGCGACGGCGGGGAGGGGAGCAGCAGCAGCCGCCGCGGCCGCGGGAUCGACCCUGCCGCCGCCAAGGAUGGAGAUGGUCGUCAUUCUGCCGCACACGACGUUUUUAGUUUCGAUACUGAAGAUCAGCUUGGGGAAAAUGCAUCUCGCAGGUUCUAUGGAAAAUCAGUGCCCCUUUGUUCUACAAAGGAGAACUAUGGUCAGCUAGGUAUUGAAACACGCAGAAGUUUAAGACAAAUUGGACAGCGCAAACCCAUUUCAGUGGAUAAGAUGUACUCGACCAAACCGUGUCCAUCAACUUUAUCUGGGCAUAAACUGAGAGUCCAUGCCAUUGAUCCAGAUGAGAAAGCUGAUAAUGAAAAACCCCAACCAAGUAAAAUGUACAAUUUCAGAGAUUCUACUAAGAGGAGGAAAGAAAAACAUCAGGCGUGUCUUCCUGAUCUUAAAAAGGUUCAGGACGUGGUUCUCUUGGAUGAUGAAGAUGUGCAGCCUGAGGGACAAGUGGAAGGACAAGUAGACUGUGUGAUGCAUGACAGAUGGAACGAGGCCAAAAUUUACUACCCAUCAAGAGAUGAUCCAGAAGCUGUAGAGCUCAGCAGCUCAGAUAUUAAAUGUCUUGAUCCUGGGGUAUAUUUGUCAUCGCCAGUGAUAAACUUCUACAUUCAGUACAUCAAGAGGACCAAACUGUGUAAUGAUGAUUGCAGAGGCAAAUUCUACAUAUUUAACACAUAUUUCUAUAGCAAGCUUGAAGAAGCUUUGUUGGGGAAGGGCAAGUUUGUGAAAUUGAGAAGAUGGUGGAAAGGUGCCAAUAUAUAUCACACAUCAUAUAUCAUCUUGCCAAUCCAUGGAACGGCACAUUGGAGCUUGAUAAUCAUCUGCAUUCCUUCCAAAGCAAGUAAUUCAGGGCCGAUCAUACUUCAUCUGGACUCCCUACAGCUGCAUUCAAGUGCUAAGAUCUUUGACACAGUUGGGAGAUACCUUAAAGAAGAAUGGUGCCAUCUAGGGAAAAAUCCUCCUGGCAUUUCAAUUUCAGAGACAAUAUGGGAGGAUCUCCCAAGUCAUAUACAGAAGGAGAAAGUUCAGGUUCCACAGCAGAGGAACGAGUAUGACUGUGGUAUCUUCAUGCUUUAUUAUAUUGAACGAUUUAUAAGAGAGGCACCAGAAAGAUUCACAAGAGAUAAUCUUGGCAUGUUUAGUCGUAGUUGGUUCGAGCCUGAAGAUGCUUCUGAGCUAAGACAGAGAAUACGAGAACUACUGCUUGAAGAACUUGAAAGUGCCAGGCUGGAUGAUGCUUUGUCAGAGGCAGGGGCAUCUGACCGAUCCGAUAACGAAGAAGAAGAAGAUGCCAUAAGGGGUGGAGAAUCAGAAGCAGCAGCAUCUCCUGAUAGUUCAGAAAUGAUAGUAGAGGGUGGAGACACAAUCAUAAGUAACGAAUACAUCAAGGAGGCUGCAGCAUCAGGAGAAGCAACUUCUAGCAUCUGCAGAAGUGCUGAGAAGCUCACAGGCUGUGUUCUUUCAGAAGAAGCUACAUUGUCAGAUAGCGUGAAGGAUGAUGAAGAAGAUACCACAAAAGCAGAUCCUGUUAGCUCACAAAAUGAAGACGACAUUAUAUUUUUAUCCACUGGCACAUGGAAAACCAAUGAAGAGAACACGCAUAAACAGCAAGAGCCAGAGAUAUGUUUCGACAGCUCCGACAGUGAGAUGGACGAUGUGAAGAUCAUAGAAGCUCCAAGCCAAAGAACUAACAAGCAAAAGUGUUGCAUCUUUUGACACAAAGGUCUCAUGCGGUCAUACCUCAACAUCUGUUUCAUUUCCAGGAUGAUGGAGAAACAUGACAGAUGCUUACCUCAUGAAAGAAUCUUGAGGUUCAAGUGGGUGACAAGAUGAUUUCAGCCAGGUGCCUGAUCCAACAUCUCAACUGGAUGACAGUAGGUGAAUCAAAGUAGAACGGGUAGAGGUGGUAAUCUCCCUCUUAUCUCCCUACUCUUGCUCUUGUCUAGUAUGGCACUAGUAACUUUUUGGCAGCAUAGGCCAUGGGCGUAGGCAUGGGUAGUGUACAGUGUAUAGACCAAAGCGUAUAGCUCAGAAUGCAAAGUUCUAUAUGGACGCAAGCUGCUCAUACGUUCCUUUACGAGAUAAGCUAUUCAAAUACAAAUACUUGCAGCAUGUUUUCUGAGGCGGCGUGAUGUAUAUAUCUUAUUUUUCUUUGAUAAAACUAUAUAUUCUUGUGCCCAUGAAUUUACU